AUGGACAUCGGAUCAAGCUAUACCAACACAAAGAUGGGAUCUAUCUGCGUCAUCUUUGCCGAUAUCAGUUUGCAGCCUUGGAAUCAUGCAUCCAUUCAGUCUCCUAAUUACCCGUUCUCCUACUACAACAAUAUCAACAUACGAUGGUUUGUGAGUGUACCGUCUCAAUAUCAAGUGAGACUUCACUUCACCAGUUUCUCAACCGAGGAGAAUCAUGACUUUGUUAACGUGAGGGAUGGAAGGACAUCCGACUAUUCAAGCUCAACAAGUGUGGCAUCUCUAUCAGGAGAUUCGAUUCCCGAUGACGUCAUAUCAAAUGGAUCACAUCUUUGGGUUCAGUUCACAAGUGAUAACGUAACUAAUGCAAAAGGAUUCGAAGCUCAACUUGCACUGAUUCAAAAUAGACAUAUUAAUUUGGAACCUUGGGAAUCUGUAUCCAUUGAGUCUCCUGGUUUCCCAGCCAAUUACUCCAACAACGUCACCAUUCGCUGGCUUGUGAGCAUUCCAUUUCUUCAUCAACUGAGACUUAAUUUCACCAGUUUCUCAACCGAGGAGGGUCAUGACUUCGUAAACGUGAGUGAUGGAGUGACAGCAAACUAUUCAAGCUCAACACAACUUGCAUCUCUAUCAGGAGAUGUGAGUCCAGAUGACAUCGUAUCAAGAGGAUCAUUUCUCUGGCUUCAGUUCACCAGCGAUGAACAGAAUGUUAAUACAGGAUUCAAUGUACGACUCACAAUGUUUCGAGAUGACAUCAUAUCUAAUGGGUCAUAUCUCUGGGUUCAGUUUACAAGUGAUGAACAGAAAAGUCGUGCAGGAUUCAGAGCUAACCUGAUUUCUGAAUUACGCUCUAUCCAUUUAAAAGUUGGCAAAGUAGCUGUGAUCCAGUCUCCUAAUCACCCACACCUGUAUUACAACGAUCUUAACAUACGCUGGUUUGUGAGUGUCCCUCCUGCAUAUCAAGUGAGGCUUCAUUUCAACAACUUCUCAACGGAAGUGGAUCAUGACUUCGUGAUCGUGAAUGAUGGAUGGACAUCGAACUACACAAGCUCAGCUGAAAGGGGGCGUUUAAGUGGAAGCAUUAAUCGGGGUGAUAUCGUAUCGAAUGGAUCCUAUCUCUGGGUUCAAUUUACCACUUCUGACCGAGGGAGAUCGGAAGGAUUCAGAGCACUCCUGACGACCGAGUUACGAUCUAUCCACUUGCAGGAUGGGGAAAGCGGAUCGAUUGAGUCUCCAAAUUAUCUUAACAAUUACUACAACAAUCUCAAUGUAACAUGGCUUGUUAGUGUUCCUCCUGCAUAUCAAAUGAGGCUUCAUUUCGACAGCUUCUCAACGGAAAAGGGUCCUGACUUUGUAACCGUGAAUGAUGGAUGGACAUCGGACUAUUCGAGCUCAACCGAAAGAAGGAAUCUGUCUGGAAGUAUUGAUCCAGGUGAUAUCGUAUCGAAUGGAUCGUAUCUCUGGAUUCAAUUUACCACUAAUGACCGAGGGAGAUCAAGAGGAUUCAGUGCACUUCUGACGACCGAGUUACGAUCUCUCCACUUGCAGGAUGGGAAGAGUAGAACAAUCGAGUCUCCUAAUUAUCCAAACCAUUAUUACAACAAUCUCAAUGUAACUUGGCUCGUGAAUGUUCCUCCUGCAUACCAAGUUAGACUUCACUUCAGCUUCUUCGAAACCGAGUCGAAUAAAGACUUCGUUAAGGUGAGAGAUGGAUGGACAUCAGACUAUUCAAGCUCAACACAACUGGCAUCUUUAUCAGGAGAUUCGAGUCUAGAUGACAUCAUAUCAAGAGGAUCAUAUAUCUGGGUUUAUUUCACCAGUGAUGAUGAACGCAACUUUUCUGGAUUCACUGUCAACAUUACGACUGAAUUACGAACUUUAAAGUUGAACACCACAGGUAAGACAGUGCUCAUAUCACCAGACUCCCCUGAUAAUGGCGACUAUAGUAUCGAUGUGACAUGGUUUGUUGUUGCUCCUCCACCGUACCGUGUUGGGAUUAAUUUUAGCGAUUUUUCCAGCUUGGAGAACGGAGACCUGGUAACUCUACGCGAAGGAUGGACGUCAAAUUAUUCACGUUCAACGCUGAGGGAGUCUUUAUCUGCGUCAUCUAGCUCCACUGACAUUGCAUCUGUAGGGUCGUAUCUUUGGAUCCAAUUUACAACCCUGCCUCAAAACAAGAUCACAGGAUUCCGUGCAUUGCUCUUUGUCGUGAUUCCCGUUAUUUCUGUAGAUACUGCGAAAAGAGAAUCCUUGGAGUCACCUAAUUACCCAGCACAGUACCACAACAACCUCGAUCUAAUGUGGCAGGUGAUUGCUCCGGAAAACCACCAAGUUUCUUUGCAUUUCGUUGAUUUGCAGAUUGAACUAUCUCGAGACACCCUCUAUCUGUUCGAGGGACAAUCCUCAGAGUUUGAGAUGUCUGAGAUGGUAAGGCCGAAUAUUUCUGGAGCCGAUCUACCGCAAGACAUCACAUCUGUUGGAUCUAUUCUCUGGAUUCGAUUUACCAGCGAUGGGGCUUCGGAGGGAACUUACAGAGGAUUUAAUAUUACGUUGAUUGCAAACCCAAUACCAGAACACUUGAUGUCGGAUAAUCAUGCAGCGACAAUAUCAUCAGUGUUGGUGACACUUCUUCUGUCCAUAAUUUUCCUCUUAUAUAUCAUAUGGAAGAAAAGGUUAGCAGCUAGGAAACCCUCUACCCAGCCUCGGACAUUUCAUGAGGAACACAAUGACAGAGGAAACAUCCAAGAAUCAAGACCCGUGAAUCGGCAACCUCUAACUCCGGAUCUCCUGGCAAGCCACCAACCUUCAGUGAGAAGGUCUAAUGCAUACAUGACACCCGAACCAAUCCUCCCCACACAUGACCUUGUAUGCAACGAGUACCAGGAAUAUAGUGGACGGAACCACUCUGAUUAUGGAAUGCCUGCAUCGGGGAACAUGGAUUCCCGUGACACUGACAUUUAUCACCCACCUCCACCACCACACUAUUCUCGCGCCAUGAAACAAGCUGAGGUGAGCGGAAACGACGAGUACCAUGAAUACGGUCAAAUAGACGAAGCGAUGCCAUAUCGGGAUGGGGGCACACCAUUGAAUGCAAGUUAUUGCAACAACCUCCAUACGUAUUCCGAUGAUGUCACAUACUUCAGCCUUGAAUCACAAGUUGCAGAUGCUGACGAUGUUAGUUCGGACCAGGGACUUGAGGAAACAAGUUUCAACGGACCUACCGUUGCCGAAUCCAAUUCUACUGAAUUGAAAGUGAGUGGUCAACCACGGCGAUUCCAAAUGAGAUCAUCGACAGUGAAUGACCAAUCAGAAGAAAGAGGACUUGGUAAAAAGUCGGUCAAUCACUAUCAAAAUGCAGAGAUCGCCGCUGAUUUCGACACCACCGUCAAUGAGCUCCAAAAGGUCAGUCAGACCAACGAGGUGCGAGGCGCUGAUAAAUUUGAGAAUGGAGACGCGAAUCUCCACGAUGAAUUUGAAUAUGAUUCUUUGAACUUUAGGCCACCUUCAGACUUAAAAUCGAGAGUGUCCAGCAAAUGUAACCAAGAGCAAGAGUCACUUGGGCAACCGGAUGACGUAGCUGAGAAGAAUGCAUACGGUGUUUUAGAGCUGCCGAAAUCCGCACAAGUCUUUGACAAAGGAAAAGACACUCUGCAUAACGACAACGUCUAUGGUACCUUGAGUGAAACUGGAUCAGGCGUGGACUGUCAGACACCAGAAGGGGGAAUUCCGACUAGACCUACUGAGCAGAUGGCUUCUUCUGAAGAUAAGAGUCGAAAGAACAGGAAAACUAAAUCAAAACGUGAUCACACGUUUGGGAACACGGGCAGAGCUACAUCAACUCGGACCGGCAAUGGACAACAUGGCAACACGGGCCAUGACGGACGUGCUGCCCCAAAUGUUUUGGCAAAGCCGGAGAAAGCGUUGAUACCCCCAAGAAAGCUUGGUAAAAAAUAUACAUCUCCUCGUGGAAAUACCAAGCUUGAUACUGAUAAGGAAGAUGAACAUCAAUCGAUUCCACAGAUACACGAGUCUGAAGGAAUAUACGAAAAUGGGUCUAAUCCAGAAGGUACGUUUCAUGAAGAACACCCAGUUUACCAAAAUUUUGGUUGCCUUGAGGCUAACAUAGCUAAAGACUCUCCCAUAGAUCAUGUGAUUGUUAAUGAGGAUGCCUAUGCCGUAGUGGGCCCACGUGAUAAACAAAUGUCGGAUUCUGAGGACUAUGAUUCGAUCUACUCCAACUUGAAUUAUUAAUUUUCCUAAUAAACGAGCAAAAUAACUGAACAAUCCUUGGAAUUUUUGGAAGCACUUUGAUCCAAUGAACUUUGUUGAAUUUAAUUGAAUUGAAUUUAUUUCCGUUAAAACAAAUAACAAUACAUAUAAAAUGAUACAUGUGAAUUGAUAGAUAAAUAAAAAAAAAACGGGAGGAUGGCCCUACUCAGCAGCAUCAAUCGCGGUGCUGUUGGUCUACCGAGGGUCCUCAUAAAAGCUUUUUGCUUGAUCUAAAGGUAGUCCGUUCACGUUCAAAGAACCGUGAUAAUGGGUUAUUACCUGGUGAGGAAAUAACUAUUGCAUGAAAUAUUUAUCAUACAAUAGGUAAUAUAUUACAUGUGAGAUGUUUGAAGCAGCUCAGUGACUGAUAAGUGGUGUAUGAAGCUCUUUGCAUCGCAAGCUAGGACGUGUAUGAAAUGCGCUUUGUACUUGCAUUCAAUUUAAUCGGAUAGGAAUAUUGGUCAAUGGCAAGUGUUAAUAACACAAUAACGAGGUUGUUCCAUCAGUAACAUCACCAUGACAACUGACACCUUAUUACUACUAUCCAGGCAACUAACAAAACUAAAUAGUUUCGAUAUCCACGUAAGGAGGAAUCAUUGGGAAUUUUAAGCAGUAUUGAUGUGUGAUAGUAUACAAAGGGGCUGCGUCACAGUGGGACUUUAACGUGUACAAAGACAUGAAAAUGAUCAUCAAAUAUUUAUUUCAUGUAAAUGUUCAGCCCACCACCUCCCCCAUCCUCACUUUCGAGAUUCUUCGCGGCCCGUGCUCCAUUUACACAUUAGGAUGCCAAGUAAGGUUGCUUUCUAUCUGUUUGAAAGUUAAAUCAAAUUAAUUUUCAUUUUAUUCCGUUUUCCUAACAAAGGUUUUUUUUCUUCAAUGUUUUGUAGGUCAGCAUCAUUAGAUGAAUAAUCUUAUUGGUAAUGGAGUGGGCUGUUAUUUUCCUACGAAUAUUUAAUUUAGAUUUGACACUGCUCACACGAUUCAAGAGUAAUGAGUAAAAAGUAAUUCAAGGGAAUAUUCUUACAGCGUGUCAGUUUUUUUUUUCGUAUCAGGUUUAUUUACAGCAAAACCUGGCAACAAAAGAAAAACAAAUAACAUGGAGGUUUUUUGUCCACAUUGUAUUGCAUCGUACACUAUAUGAAAUUAUAUUGGCACGUGUUUUGGCCCGCCCUUCACAGUUUCACAGUUACUAUGGCAACAGUUUCCAACACAUGAAAAAAAAUGUCUUGUCCAUCUUUACCCUAAGACCUAUGUGUGAACAAAUAUGAGAAUUGGGAACUUGGAAAUACUGAUGAAGUAUCCUGAAGUAGUUAAAACCGCAAGACUUUUGCCUAUUUUUUGACGUAUUAUACAUUGUUACCAUGGCAACACCAUUUCCGACACAUGCAAAAAUAUGUCUUGUCUAUCUUAACGUAGUAAUUUGAACUCCAGGAUUUUUACCUUAUUUUGGCCAAAAUAUACCAUUACCAUAGCCACACAAUAUCCGAUACAUGCGAAAAGUGUGUUUUGCACAUCUUCACCCCAACACCAAUUUUCAUGAAAAUCGGUUAAAAACUGAGGAAGUAGUUAGAUGCGCAAGAUUUGCAACGGACUGACCGACCCUGACUCCGUACCCUGAUUCCUAUAAUCCAUCCCCAUCAAACCUCGUUGGUGCGAGUAUAAACAUUAAUUCCCUACCCAAAUAUCUAUGUUUUUAUUAC